AUGGAAGUCAUGACUAGUGUCGAAGUUCUGGAGAUAAAAUUAAAUGGCCAGCUAAGAGUUGCUCUCCCAAUUGCGCAUAGUUGCUACAGCAAGCAGGGAAGAGUAGUUUCUGGCUCACUAACAGAAGUUAGUACGUCCAGGUUCCCCUUCUCAAGCACACUAAACAUGUUCACCGGAGUAGGCUGUGACAUUCAAGCCCAUAUAAUGCUUACAAAGGCAGGCGGAGUGGCCAUGAGCUGCAAAUCGGAUUGUGAUCAGCGUUUCAAUGUUAGAAACGGCUCAUGCCUAGGCCACGGAUGUUGCCAUCUAGACCCAAUUCCUGAAGGCAUGACAUCUGCUGCAUUUGAUGUGCUUCCCACCGAAAACCACACAAAAAUAUGGGAUUUUGGUAGGUGUGGUUAUGGUUUCCUAGUGGAAAAAGACAUAUAUAACUUCAAAAUUUCUGAUCUAAGCACUAUGAGCAAAAACAUGUCUUUCUCAGUGGUGCUUGACUGGUCUGUCGGGGAUACAAAAUGUAAAGAAGCUCAAAAGGACAACGUAACUUACAGGUGCAAAGAGAACAGUGUGUGCUAUAAUGGGAAAGGUAGUCUUCCUGGAUAUCGCUGCAAAUGCUCUCAAGGAUAUAAGGGAAACCCGUAUAUUGAAAACGGAUGUAAAGAUGUCAAUGAGUGUGAAUCUGGGAACCUCAAUGAUUGCUUGCCAGGACAUUGUAACAACACAGAUGGGAGUUAUGCUUGUGUUUGCGCAAAGGGUUUCCAAGGUGAUGCAAAAAUAGGUGGAGAAUGCAUCCCUGUUCAUAAAUCAGAAGGUAGAUCGGUAAUUGCAGGAAUCGGUGAAGGUGUUGCAGGUGCAGUUGUGGCAAUGAUUUUUGUGUACUGGGGAGCCAAGAGUAGGAUAAGAAUCAAGAGUAGAAAGGACUUCUUCAAGAAAAAUGGUGGUAUCAUGUUACAGAAAAUGUUGUUCACAUGUGAAGAUCCUAUCAACACAGGCAAGAUUUUCACAGAAAAAGAGCUGAAGAAAGCAACUCAAAACUUCAAUACAGCCAAAGUUAUAGGCCAAGGGGGUUAUGGUACUGUUUACAUUGGAACCUUAGCCAACAAAACAAUGGUGGCCAUAAAGAAGUCUAAAAUGAUUGACCAAACCCAAAUCAAACAGUUUGUUAAUGAGGUGAUUAUUCUCUCGCAAAUAAAUCAUCCGAAUAUCGUAAAACUUCUUGGUUGUUGCCUAGAGACGCAUGUUCCCUUGCUUGUGUAUGAAUAUAUAACCAAUAACACCUUAUGCCACCACAUACAUUCGCACGCUACUCUGACGUUAGGGAACCGAUUGAAGAUAGCUGCAGAAACAGCUGAAGCUCUUGAUUAUAUGCAUUCAACGACACAAAUCAUCCAUAGAGAUGUCAAGCCAUCAAAUAUUCUAUUGGACGAUGAGUUCACGGCCAAAAUUUCUGAUUUUGGGAUUUCAAGAUUUGUCCCACUUGGUCAAACACACCUAUCAACAUCUGUAAAAGGAACCAUAGGUUAUAUGGACCCUGAGUACUUUCGAACAUGCAAAUUGACCGAAAAGAGUGAUGUUUACAGUUUUGGAGUUGUUCUGAUGGAGCUACUUAUGGGAGUAAGGGUUCAGUCUUUAGAGAUACCUCUAACAGCCUAUGCAGGUGCAGCAGCAUACCUUGCUUCAUUACUGACACAUGAUGCAUUGCUUCUAGUUCUUGAUGAUCAGAUUAAGAAAGAUAAGUAUGGUGAGGUGGUGAAAUGUGUUGCUAAGAUAGCGAUCAACUGCCUUCACCUUGAAGGGAACACCAGACCUACAAUGAGUACAGUGAAACAAGAACUCGAACAACUAAGAUGUGCUUUGGUUUCAAUAGAUGCUGAAAGCCAUCCGGAAACACUUCCAUUUUCUGUUCUAUGA